AUGUCCGACUCAAAGAAAGAAGGCGCCUACGGCGGCGCACCAUCAGGCGACACCGACUUCCGUAAAACAUGGGAUCUCGAGGAAUAUGCCGCCAAGGGCAAGGAACGCGAAGCAAAGGAGAAGGAAGAGGGCAAGGCGCGUUACGAAGCCAAGCUUGCGGGCAAGAAAUACUUCAAGCCUUUGACCGGCGACGAAACAUAUACAUCCGCAAGACGCCAUGUGAUAGAUUUCACACAACAGAUCGGAAAGACGCAACUCGUCCCUGGCGGCGCAGGCGUGGGAAAGCGUGGUCGCGGAGCUGGUCAAUACUGUGAGGCUUGCGACCUCACGUUCAAGGACAACAGACAAUACAUCGAGCAUAUCACUACACCACAGCAUUUGAUGAAUACGGGCCAAACGAUGAACGUUAAGCGCGCAACAGCAGAAGAAGUCCAUGAGCGCAUCGAGGCAUACAUCAGGCGACAAGACGACCUCGAAAAGGAGAAGCAGACCAGUCUACACGAACGACUACAAUUACGAGAAGAAGAGGCCGAGAAAGAGGCUGAGGAACGGCGGAAGAAGAGGAGAGACGAGAUGGAAAGGAAGAGACUCAAACAAGAGGAGGCAACCAAGGUGAAGACAGAGUACGGAGAAGACGUGCGCAUCGAAGGCGAGCAUGACGAGGACGACAUGAUGGCCUCGAUGGGCUUUGUUGGAUUUGGAACGUCAAAGAAGUGA